UAUGCUCAUUUCAGUAAUAAUAAUUUUGUACUAUAGAAGAUAUUUUUAUUUAUAUUCGUAAUAUCAUGCUGGACAAAACAGAAAUGCCCGAGAAUCAACAAUUGUCGAAAGAAGAUUACUUAAUAAGACGUGCUAAUGAAGCUUUGUCGACUGAUAUUUAUGCUGCCAAAUCUUGGUUAAUAACUGCGAAAUCCUUGUUUCCACAUAGUGCCAAAAUUCAGUUCGAAGCCUAUCGAGUGGAGAAAUUGUCCAAGAAUGUCAAGGAGGCAGCAAAGUGCUUUAGCGAAAUAUUUCAGAAUUUUCCAGACGAUCGAGAUAUAUGGAAAGAGAUUGAAAGAAUAACUUUCUCGUUGAGAUCGGAGCAGUGCGACGAAGAUGCGGAAUUAUUGUGUCACAUGUUCCAACAUAUACCGCAGGAUCUUCAACAUCGUUUGCUUAUUAUGACAGCAGAUCAUAGCGAAGAUACAAUGGAGCAUUGCAAAUUAUUGUUACUCUUGUUAAAGCGAUUUCCUCAAACUAUUUCCACUCAUGGACCACGGUUAGUUGAGACGUUAUUAACAGCCGAGAAACAUAGUCAUCCUGGAAAGGCUGUCAAUGGAUUUAGAAAAUUAUUAGUUUGCGAAGCAUUGCCACUUCUCGGCGCUGCACCCGUCGAAUUAAAUGCAAGACUAAGCUUAAGAUUACUUUGUAAAGCAGUAGAAUUCUACUUUGCUUAUAUACAGCAACCUCAAGAUACUCAAAUUAUAAAACCAUGGGAUAAAUUGUUCCAAGUAGUGGAAUUGAUUGGAAAGAAAUUGGGAUGGGAACUAAGUAACUUAUUUACGUUACCAUGGAAUCGAGAAGUAUACUGCGACCGACUUCAACAGUACACCAAUGCACAUUCUUCAGGAUUAUGCGAUGAAAUUGUUGUAAGGCAAUUGCUUAUCUGCUCGGUGGUAAUUUUAAUAAGGAUAUUGAACGAGCAUACGGCUUUAAUCAAUAAUGAUGAAAUAUCUUAUUGCCUUGUCGAAGCUUUCAUCGAUACUCUUCCAGUCGCAGAGCCAAAAGUUAAAAAACGAAAAAGAGAAGAGUCUUUAGGAAUCACAAUUACAAGCGAUGGAGAAUACAGUGGUAAUGGAUUGGCCUUAGCUGUUAAAUUAUACGAUCUUAUACAUAGUAGUGAAUAUUUACAAAGAGAAACUGUUAAAAUAAUUCAACAAAUGCGCUUAGAAACGUGGUUAAAUCCAUUUUUAAAUGAUCUUGCAAUGUAUAAAGGUAUGCAUCAUGAUUUAUUGUUGAGACUUCCUCAAGAAACAAAUACACUAUGUGCUCAACUUCGAUUGGCUAGUACAUGUUUCUUUGUUAAAGACUACAAGUCAAUGAUUGAGUAUAUAACAUUAGUAGCAAAUUCCUUACCAAAUUCAGAAGGAAAAGUAUCCAACAAUCUUACUGUUCCAGCAGUUAGACAUCUACAUUACUUAACUCUAGCUAGGUUUCCCGUUUUACAGUAUUGUUGCAGAUUGCUUAUUUCCGCUAUAAAAGAUAGUUUUGCAUGGCCAGGCGGAGCCGGGGACUUGGCUAUCGGUCAUGCAUUAGUUUUAAUGCAAAUUGAUUGGCCACAAGAAGCUAUGAUGCUAAAUGUUAUUACAAAAAAAAUAUUGAAUCGGAGAUCCUUUUGUUACCCUCUAUUUCAAGCUUAUAUUAUAUCUGUUGAUAUUUUAGAAGAGUUGACGUAUUUAUGGACCGAUCAUGGCGGAGGUGUACAUUUAGAUAUCGCUGUUAACACUGGAAUUUUACAAAAUCGCAGAAUCUCAACACGAGGAACGGAUAAAGGGGCACGAGAAGAAGUAAAGCAAACGAUGAGGCGACAGGCAGCUAGAGAUGGAGUUGACGCUCUCGAUGAAUUACUACAAAGAUUUAUUCUUAAUGAAAAGAAAGCCUUGCAACAUAGUUUAAUUGUACGAUAAUAAAUUGUAAAUUGAAUAUCUUUUAUAUUAUUAAUAAAUGUUUAAAUUUUACUCUUCUUAGUCAUUGGCUUUGCU